AUGGCAGGCACGACCUCCUUCCCUGAUUCCGAAGUAUCAUUUGGUUCAUCGCCAGUGUACUAUGAGCCUCCCUUUCACCUUUCCAUGUUUGAACGUGACUUUUCUAUACAGUCUCUAUCUCUUUCCUCUUUGGAAGGUGAUUCAAUGUCCAAGGAACAACGUAGGGCAACACGCCCCAUUGGCCUUCGCGACAGAAUAUCUUGUUACGAAUGGACCUUUUUUACCAUGACUAUGGCAACCGGUGGCAUUGCCAACAUUGUAUUCAAAAUCCCAUUUCAUUCCGAUUGGGUCAAGGCCAUUGGCAUUUUCUUCUUUCUCAUGAACCUUGUCUUAUUCUUCAUCAAUUGCAUCGGAAUCUCUCUCAGGUUUUAUCUCAAUCGAGGAAGCUUUUCUGCCUCUUUUACCAAUCCAGACGAGGCUCUUUACAUCCCGUCUCUUUUUGUUACAAUUGCUUUGAUUUUGAUAAAUAUUUGCGAAUAUGGAGUCCCAUCUACUGGCAUCUGGCUGCUCCGCACGUUGGAAACCUGCUUCUGGAUCUACACUGGAUUUAGCAUUGUCGCCAGCGCCGCAGUGUAUCUAAUUAUCUGGUCUACAUGCACAUUCCCAAUACAAUCCAUGACUCCCAUCUGGGUCUUCCCAGCGUACCCCCUGCUUCUCACUGCGCCACUGGCUGCCAAUCUGAUAGACGCAGCGGCAUUAUCCAAUAGAAACCUGGCCUUGAAUACAACAGCCAUGGUGUUUGGAGCAGCAGCUGCGCAGGGUGCUGGUUGUCUCAUUGCCUUUAUGAUCUCCGCUGCUUUUGUGUAUCGUCUCAUGACCCAUAAGCUACCAGACGAUAUCCAGCGGCCUGGUGUAUUUAUAUCCAUUGGUCCGUUCGGCUUCACUGCAUCCAGCAUUGUUCAGCUAGGCAACCAAGCAAAUCGGAUUCUGCCUCCCAACUUCCUACAAGCCCAGCAUAGCGCCGACAUCAUCCGCAUUGUGAGCAUGCUUGUCGGUCUCUGGUUGUGGGGGUUAUCCAUGUGGUUCUUUCUUGUCUCGGUCGGUUCGCUUGGCAAAUACUUCAAGCGUGGAAAUCGCCUCCCAUUUCGCAUGUCGUGGUGGUCGUUUGUAUUCCCAAACACAGCACUUGUUACAGCUACGCAGGCCAUGGCCAAGGCUUUUGACAGUGAUGGGCUCCGCAUGUUUGGAACAACAGUGACAGUUUUGUUGGUUGCCAUCUGGAUAGCAGUCUUUAUUGUUAUGGUACACAACAUGAGUUGCCGGAAGCUGCUUUGGCCAGCACCCAGAUAG